AUAGUCCGUUCGGCUUAGGGUGUUACUGGUCGUCCACCUGGUCAACCAGUCAACUGUAAUUUAUUUUUUUAUUUAUUUUUUUUACAUGUUGGAUAGACUAUGCUGGAAUGUGUUUUUCUGGUGCCUAGACUAUGCUGGCAUCUCCUUAAUGAUAGUCUGCUCCUUCUUUGCUCACAUCUACUAUGCUUUCUCCUGUAAUCCAUAUUCACGAUACCUUUAUCUGACCUCUAUUUCAUUACUUGGUAUCCUUGUCAUCAUCACCCUCCUUGCACCUGCUCUGUCCACUCCCCAUUUCCGAUCCUUCAGGGCCUCCCUCUUUCUAGCCAUGGGCUUCUCAGGGGUGAUUCCAGCAGCACAUGUCGUGGUUCUCUUUUGGGGCCAUCCACAUAUGGUUUUGGCCCUCAGAUAUGAGCUUGUCAUGGGUGUUUUAUACGCUGUAGAAGCGAGUUUCUAUAUGAGUAGGAUACCAGAGCGAUGGAAGCAUGGUGCAUUUGAUAUUGUAGGGCACAGCCAUCAGAUUUUCCAUGCUUUUGUUGUGUCAGGAGCGCUUGUUCAUAACGCUGCCACCCUCCUAGUAAUGGACUGGCGUCGGGGUUUGCCAAACUGUGAGUGAUAGGUAGCAGCAGCAGCUAUGGAUAUAUGGCAAAUACCUAGCUAGCUGGCUGGCUGGACAUGAUGACACACUAUUGCUGUUGCUGAGAGUAUUAUCCAUUUGUCUGUUGUCUCUAUUGGUUUGGUUUAAUAACCUGGAGAGCGCAAGCGCACAUGUCCUGCAUUUUUGUAACUGUCAGUAUGGAAGGGCA